AUGGGAACUGAGAAAGCAAGAAACUCUGCUGGCGCACUAAAAGCCUCUCUCAAUGGUGGAAAUGCUAAGCAUCAGCAGUUGAGACCGUCUUGGCUUACUGAGAUAAUCAGUUUCAUCUUGUGUACAACUAGUCCAUUUGCUGUGAUAUACUACUGGAUAGCUUAUCGUUACUUUGACACCUCGAUAGUUACCGCAGCCAAAGCCGUUUAUUCAGAAGGCCCUUUUCAGUUCUUUGCCACUCGCCUUCCUCACUCAAGCGCGGAUGCCAUCUUGGGUUAUGCCGGCUGGCUUACUCUCCAGGCAAUUCUGUAUAUCUACUUGCCUGGGAGCGAAGCUCUUGGUCCCGUCACACCGGCCGGCAGGAGGUUGAAGUAUAAAUUGAACGGCCUAGCAGCCUGGGGCGCAACCGUCGUUUUAUGGGCCGUCGGCUCUGUCUCGGGAAUUAUUGAUCCCGCAUGCAUUGCUAAGAACUGGGAAGGCCUAGUCUGGACUAUCAACGUCUUUUCCGUGGUUGCCGUCGGUGGUGAGCUUCAUCCUCGCAUCGGAAAAACGUGGGAUUGGAGGCAGUUUUUUGUACCCCCCCAUUCCCCAUAUCAUGCACAAAUGUUAUGCAUAUCCUCGUUUCUAAACCAACACUGUAGUGAUCUAUCUUUCGCCGCCUAUCAGUAUCAGUCUCACGGAUACUUGACGAAUACCAUGGUGGCGGUAGUCACUUUACGCGUGUUCGUUGUGGUGGAUUUUUUCAUCAAUGAGUUAUGGUUUUUCCACACUCUGGACGGUAUGUACGAGUCCUUCGGCUUCUAUAACAUCUACGGGUUCUCGGCUAUGAUGCCCGUGCUUUGGUCGUUACAAACACAGUACCUGGCCAAACGUCCCGAGGAACUCUCUACGAUAGCACUCACGAGUGUCAUAUUACUCUUUCUUGCUGGCUGGUUGAUCCGCUUCUCUGCGGACUAUCAGAAAAUGAAGUUCCGUCAAACAGGCGGAGAAUGUCGAAUUUGGGGCAACAAAGCCAACAAGAUUAGAGCGUCGUACCAAACUGCAGAUGGGAAACUAUGUCACUCCUUGCUCCUAUGCUCUGGAUGGUGGGGGCUGGCUCGCCAUGCAAACUAUACAGGCAGCGCGAUGUACACUCUGGCUCUCUGUGCUGCUUGUGGCCGUGGCGGAAUCUUCCCUUACACUGAGGCGAUUAUAGUUGGAGGGAUAGUGAUUCAUCGAUGUUAUCGCGACGAAGGAAAGUGUGCAGCGAAAUAUGGAAAAGACUGGGAUGAGUACUGCCGUCAGGUGCAGUGGAGGAUGAUCCCUGGUAUUUACUAA